AUGCCCACGGGCGCAGCAGGGCCGGUGGCGAACGAGCCACUAGAGAUUUCUCCCACCCCAACACCACCACCGCCACCUCAGACAAUCGAAAGCGCACCGCCCAACAUGCCGCCCACCAGCCUGUGCCACCACGGAUACCGCACCAUCUUCACCGUUUCGCUGAGGCCAUCAACACGAGACCUGAAGGUAGGACGAGAAGACACCGGGCUCGGAGGCAACCGCACCGCAGCCGACAGGAGGGAACAACCUCCACCGUCACGCGGAGCCAACCGGACAUGGCGACAGGGACUUGCCAGGCCACCACCGGCCCGGACGGACCCCAACGAGUCCGGACAGUACGUCCCUGCAGCCACGCUGCAGCACGCCAGCCGCCGGAGCCACCACCACCGCAGCCACGACCCCUUCGUCACACCACCAGGGAGCCACGCCGUCGCGACCGGACCGCAGGCCCGCCCCAGCCCAGACGCCGCCGGUCAGCCGCCCACCACGCCGCCCCGCAGCCAACGGCCAUGCCGCCGCAUCGAGGGCACCCGAGGCCCACAGGACGCCGCCGCCGAGCCUCACCGCCGCCAGCCGAGCAGCAUCGCCGUCGGGCAGGAGGGAGCCCCGACUCUCCCUCCCGGCGCGCGGGGGAAGGGACGUCCACCGCCGCCGGCGCCACCUGGGCACGCCGAAGCCCCCCCCCCCUCCUCCUCGCCGGAGGAGAACCAGACAUCAGCCACCAAAACCCCUCCGGCCAACCUGUCGCCGGAAACAACUCUAGCCAUCAGUCCUCUCGACGAACUCCUCCCCACAGUAGCUCCUCCACCAUCGCCUUUUUUCGACCCGCCGUACAUGAAAGCCGGCCAGGUUGCACUCCGCUGCUUCCUGGGCUGUGGCAAUGCCAUGGGCUUGGAGUUCGAGGAUGAUGCCUCCUACUACCUCCGCCUCUCCAUCACCACCCCCGCCAUCCACCUCGCCUCACCGCUCUACAUCAUCUUCCACUACUCCAACCGCCGCCUUGAUGCCAUUAUCGUUGCCGCCCUGCUCCAGUCUGUUCUUGGCGGUGCUGCUGCUGACUUCUUCGUUGCCCAUUGCUCUCCCCUUGUUUAUCGCUUCCAUGUGGCUUCCGCGCGUAUAGCAGAGAUCAUCCUCGCACAAUCCACACUUCGCUCCCGUGCUUACGCUUUCUCCUUCUUGAGAACUCUGCCCCCGCUCCCACCUUCCCCUCCCCACGAUGCCACAUGCAUGCCGUUGGCUCACCUGCUCCAAAUUCCAGAGGAUCUGGGCCUUCACUUUGAGAGCGUAGCCUGGACACAAUGUCGCUCGCUCAUCUCCCAGCGUCCACCAAACCAACCGCAUGGAUGCCGCACGUAUGUGCGUGUCAUUCAGUUCCCUUUCACCCUUGACGCCAUCACGACGAGUCUCAUCCUAGUUUGCCUAUUCGGUGACACCCACCACCACUUCAACGUCACGGACGACGGAGACUCCUGCUUCUCCUUCACAGUGGCCUCGCCUGCCGUUGCCGCGCUCAUCGCCUCCAUGGGCGACUUCCAUAAGCUGGGCAUCCUGCUCCGCUUCCCUUGGCCUGUUCCUACGGGGUGUGCUCCAUGCUCUCCAUCGGGGACGACCAUGCCAUCGAAUGGGCCUAUGUCAUCCUCGCCGGCGGCAGACGAUCCUACCCUGCCGCCACCUGCGUCUACAACUAUUGUUCUCUCGAAGGAGCGUCGUCAACGGCCGGGUAUAAGCUUUUUCUACCAUAUGCUUAAUGUUCUCCGCUCUUGCCAGCUUACACCACAUGCAAAUUACACCCAUCACACGCAUUUGUUUUGA